AUGGUGAGGUAUGACCUACCUCCCAGCCUUGCGAAGAAACUGCGGCCAGCAUUUCCUCCCAAGCUAUGUCCCAUGUGCAAAGGAGGAGGUGGAUCUGGACCCACUUUGUUUCUCACAGAGCGCACUGAUGGUCUUGGGUCUCGCGCGCAGCAGCUGCUUCACACGCUGGCCUUGGCUUCCUUCCUCCACAUUGAUUUCGGCGGCGUGGUGCCGUCGAAGGAUGAGACACCUCAUGGUGUCAACACGGCACGUGCACUUAGCAAACUGCUGGGGUUCGAUGUUUCCAAGCUGAAAGUUGGUGCGGACGACGAGUUUGACAUCUGCUUUUACAGCUUUCCGGAUUUCUUGGCCGAGACUUUGCAGCACCACUGCCUGCAGUGGCCACUGCAUUCCAGCAUGAUGGUGGCGGCGUAUGACGUACUGCAUGCGCUUCCGGUCUCGAAUUGGGAACCGGGCUUCUUGGCUGAGCUCCGACAGCAGACGGCCUUGCGCAACUG